AUGGGCAAACAUCAUCAUUCUGGGUUUAACACUGAUUUGUUUGGCCAUGGAAACAAACGAUCCCGAAGAGCCAAGAAAAUACCUUCAUCUUCCACUAUGACUCGCGACGAAGCUUUGAAGAUCAAUCAAUCCCUUGGUUUACUUAAGCUUCCGCAAGAUUCGAACUCAUUUCCCUCUCUCGAACAACACAAUCAGGACGAUUUAAACUGGGAAGAUGUAGAUGAUGGAGUCGGUGUUGGUAUUGAAAUCAGGCUCGACUCUCCGGGAGAUUGUUAUGCUCGCCAUCAGAAGUCACUUCGUCGUGUGGAAGCCCGAGCUAGGAUCCAGGAAAGGUGGAAGGCCCUUGAAGCUCGACUCACUGCCUCAUAUCUUUACCUUCAACACUACACUCGCAAUUGGACCUCACAGCCCACAUUCGACUCAUAUCUUUCUGACGAGAUUCAAUGUCAGUGUUCGCCUGAAAACCUUCGAAAACGGCAUGUUGAUCUGAUUGACCUUUUACGUCACACCAGCAAACACCUGGUCACAUUCUGUGAGUGCACCCCCGAUGUCCUCCGCCUGAUUCAUCUCGGGUAUAUUGCCGGCUCGCCUCAACAUCCUUGCACCGCCUUCUCUGUUCGGCUUGUGCGAUUCCAUCAUCACUUCUGGAACAACACGGUUGCAUCAACUUCAGGAUUUAUUGACGCACUCAUGGUGUUUCUGGAUGAACAAUGCGCAUCAAGAUUGAAACCUCAACCAGUCAAAAAGACUUCCACCAAGAAUAUCAAUCGCAGUCUGAGACAUCCUUUCACUCAGUCAAUCGACAUCUAUCGCCGAAUUCUCUUGGGCGAGCAAGAGAUAUAUGAAGACGGCCUUGAACUCACUCCACUCGAUAUCUCUGCCGAUCGAUGUUGUCGUUGUCUUGGUCCAGUAGAAGGGGAAGUCAAGCUGUCACCUGAAGAACCGGACUUUAUAAUUGCAAUGGAUGGAAACUUCCAACAUCGCCAUCAAUCCCACGCCAGUAAGGAUUGUCCUCAAGAAGACCAAUAUCCGAGCUCCUUCAUUCGACCUAGCAAACUCGAAAAAGAAGUUGUUGCUUGCCAACGAACUGAUGCCCAAGCCCAUAACAUCAAGGCAUGUAUCGUCUUCCAUUCAUCUCCAUUCAUUUUUACCUCAUGUUCCGAUUCUCACACCGCUGCAAAUGAUGUUCGCAACAGUUCCUCAUGGGACAGGUGUGAUGAUACAGGUCUGUUUGCAGCUGCCUGUCGUCAUGAUACACCACUCCACUUCAUCAAUAUCUAUCAGAGCGGUGAAAAAUUUAGACUUGAUUAUCCUGUAGCAAUUCUCAAACAGCUUCGAGAAUUGUAUCCUGACAAGUUCAUCGGCAUACUCUAUGACAUAGGUUGUCACUUAGAUGAACAUAUAGCAAAAUACUGGGGGCUUUCAGAUGGCGAGGGCCUUGAAAGGCUGUGGUCCUUUUUAUCGGCCCUCGUAGCUUGCCUUCAAAUAUCAACUCGACUUCAUCGGCUACUCUCAAUUCAUUGGCGCACGGUUUUUUAUGCUGCUAAGGUCAAUGAAGGAUGUGGUCAGUGGCUUCGCAAACGAUUUCGAAAUGUGAUGAAAGUCUUGAGAGAAGCUGAAGCCACCGUAACAUCACUGUGUGCGAUGGCCAACCCAGCCUGCCCCGGAGAAAACUAUUCAGCUGAUUUCUUCCGUGGGCAAUGGACUGUUGAGCCCGAAGCAUAUUCAAGUAAGCAGGCUAUCCUGCUGAAGCAAAAGUUGGAACUUGGACGCCUGUUGUUGUUAAAAGACGAGUUGGACCACGCUUGGUCUCGGCCGGUGCUUACUACCGAACAGGCUAUAGCCCGACUUCAGACAACAACUGAACUUGAAGAGAAGAUUCGUAAGCAGGCGGCGAAAGUAGGCACUACAGACAUCUCGAACUUAGAUAAAGAACAAGAAGCGUACCUGAAACUUUGGUACAGUAAGCACGAAGUGGGGCUGAAGUUCAUCGCCAUCUGCGAGGAGAAGCGACCCCUUCAACAAAGUCGAUCUGAUGGUCACCGAUCCAAUUUAGGUCAUAAGGGCAAGACCAAUCUUAUGGUUGCGCUCCGAAGGCACACAGCCCAACUUAAGAAGCUGGUAGAAACAUACCGCACUCUUCGGGCGGAAUAUCAUGCUGAGUAUCCUGAACACCGGCUCCCUGAAGAUAUCAAUUAUAACGAUCUACUGGAAAUACAAGCCGAUCACCCCUUCUGGAACGACUCUCUAUUCACCGAAAUUGAAGCUCCUUGGGCUGUUGAUCCCAACACAAGGCAUGGGAUGCAGCAGAUCGCAUACGUUGAUCGAGGAAACGAGGAGCUCAGGCGGCUUGGCUGGGAGGUUCGCCGAGCUAUGCGUUGGGCCACUAGCAGGCACGACCGCAUCUGGAACCGACUGAUACUUCUACCAUCUGAGCCGACUCCAGAACCCAACCUACUAACUCCUCUCCUUACUCACCCAAAUCUGACAUAUCUACCAUCAUCAGCUCGUCACGAUGCAGCUGCCGUGGUCUUGAAGAAUCAGUUUAUUAAGAUUACAAACUUACAGCUCGCGUGGCACGAAGGUCUACACGAAGUUUUCACUCAGUCACAAUAUCAAGUUGGUGAUGAAGACCUCAAGCGAUCAUGGGACAGCCAGCUACAACAUAUCAGGGCUCUACACAAAGCAGGCAUGUCUAUGAUUCCUGGAGUUUUAGACAACAUGAUAGCUACUGCUGUGUUAGACACACCGAUUGUACGUGCUGUCGAAGAACAGGAGGUAGUGUUUAUCGAAGACGACGAAAGCGAUCUCAGUAGUUUAGAUGGAGAUGAUGAUGAUGUUGUUUCUGGGCUUGUACAUCGCCUCGAUUUAGUGGAUAUCCAGGCUGCCCUUGACCCAGAAACGAUGGAUAUUUAG